GGGAGACCCCGGCCCCCCCUUCCCUCCCUCCUCACCGGCGCCGCGUGCAUCCGGGGCCCCGGCCGGCCGGUGACGUCAGCGCUAUAAAGGCCCGCAGCGCCUUUGUUCGCCCUCAUUGCGCAGUUGCGGCACGGCGGGAGCGGGGGUCAUUCGUAGCAUCAAAAUGGUUGAAGCAGAUCGUCCCGGAAAACUGUUCAUCGGGGGCCUGAACACAGAGACAAAUGAAAAAGCCCUUGAGGCUGUAUUUGGCAAAUAUGGACGCAUUGUGGAAGUCCUCUUGAUGAAAGAUCGUGAAACCAACAAGUCCAGAGGGUUUGCAUUUGUAACGUUCGAGAGUCCAGCAGAUGCAAAAGAUGCUGCCAGAGACAUGAAUGGAAAGUCAUUAGAUGGGAAAGCAAUUAAAGUGGAACAAGCAACCAAGCCCUCCUUUGAAAGUGGUGGUAGGCGUGGGCCGCCACCCCCUCCACGAAGCAGAGGUCCUCCCAGGGGCCUUAGAGGUGGAAGAGGCGGAAGUGGCGCAAGAGGACCACCUUCAAGAGGGAGUCACUUGGGGUCUUCUCGAGGACCACUUCCCAUGAAGAGAGGUCCACCUCCACGAAGUGGAGGCCCUCCACCUAAAAGAUCUGCACCUUCAGGACCAGUGCGUAGCAGUAGUAUGGGAGGACGAGCUCCUGUGUCACGUGGGAGAGACAGUUAUGGUGGUCCUCCACGCAGAGAACCGAUGCCAUCACGAAGAGAUGUCUACAUGUCUCCAAGAGAUGAUGGCUACAGCACUAAAGACGGUUACUCAAGCAGAGAUUAUCCCAGUUCCAGGGAUACAAGAGACUAUGCGCCACCUCCACGGGACUAUGCGUAUCGUGAUUAUGGUCAUUCCAGUUCACGUGAUGAAUACCCCUCGAGGGGCUAUAGUCUUUCCUCUUACAGUGAUCGUGACGGAUACGGUGGCGGGCGUGACAGAGACUACUCAGAUCAUCCAAGUGGAGGAUCCUACAGAGAUUCAUAUGAGAGUUAUGGUAACUCACGUAGUGCUCCACCUGCACGAGGGCCCCCGCCAUCUUAUGGUGGAAGCAGUCGAUAUGAUGAUUACGGCAGCACACGUGAUGGAUAUGGAAGCCGAGAAAGUUACUCAAGCAGCAGAAGUGAUGUCUACUCAAGUGGCCGUGAUCGUGUUGGAAGACAAGACAGGGGUCUUCCCCCAUCCAUGGAAAGGGGCUAUCCACCGCCUCGUGAUUCAUACAGUAGUUCAAGCCGCGGAGCACCCAGAGGUGGUGGCCGUGGUGGAAGCAGAUCUGACAGAGGUGGAGGCAGAAGCAGAUACUAAAAACACUCUUAAAUUUUUUGGACCAAGAAAAAUAAUUUCGCAAACAAAAAAAAAAAGUGGAAGUUGUUCUAUCUUUACUACCAGAGGACUACUAAAAGGAAAAGUUGUUUUUACCUUUUUUUUAUUGUUGCCUGUUAAGUUUUCCCCUCCAUGACUUUUAUGCUUUUGUGAAGAAAAGUUAAACCAAUGUUUAAUUUCAUUUCAAAAUUGUUAACAUUUCUUUCAAAAGGCAGAUGUUAAAUGUAUAAAAGUUGAGCUGUGUACUAGUGUUGUAAUUUUCAAAGUAAAGUUUCCCUGAAAUGCCACACUACCCAUCUGACUUUCCUCAUGAAUGGAAUAAGCAGUUCUUAUGAUCUUCCACACAACAUCUAACCAUCUAGGAUGGAGCUGGAUUGUUCUACAUAUUCAGCAUCUCAUUCUUAAAGUAUUGAUUGUGAUGUGGAGGGUGGUGGGGAUAUUCCACACAAAGUUCAGUUUUGUCUAGAAUUUGAAGUCAGUGUUCCCAGUUCAAAAUGCCUUCAGAUCCUUGUGUAAAGAAAAUAGAGGAUAUCAUUCAAUUAACCUGAAUGAAAAAGCAAGUGGAUAAUACUAUUUUUUUUGCCUUCCUACUGUUUCAUGGGGAAUUUAAAAAGAUGUCCCCUUCAAAUGAACCAUGUACUUGUAAGUCAGCUACAGAAUACUGUAUUAAAAAAAAAAAAAGUAAAAAAUAAAAAGUUUGACCAAUUCCAUCAAAGAAGCUGCAAAACGAUGCUUACUCAUACUGUUUCAAAUUUUUGCAACUCUGUAGUGUUUCACUUUUAAAGGAACAUCUUUGAUUCCAAAGGAGAAAAUAAGAUAAGCAAGGAAGUCUUUCUCUCCACUUCUCAAAGGCUUAUGGCUUCAUAAAAACAAGUGAAACUUUCAGCAUUCCACAGCUGAUUUAAAGCAUCAAAUGCCUGUGAAACAGCAAAGAUGGAUGAUAAUUUCUGGAAGAUGCCAAUGAAGUAAUGCUGGUUCGUCUGUGGAUGGCAGACAUGAGUGUUGCCUGUACUAAUAGAACAGACUAGAAGAUGGCAGUGCAGCAGUGGAUAUGCUUGGAAAAUCGAAGGAUAACAUAAAGCAGCUGAUAGAACUUGUCUUUUGAGCAUGGUGUUACCCAGUAUUUGUUUUAGAGGGUUGUGUUACCAUUCAGGGAAUUGCCUAGUGCUACUAAUCUCUUGGAUACAAAAUAUGUUCAGAUAGGUGGAAAUCAGUUAUUGUGUCUUGCAGUGAACAUCUUCCAAGAGUCUCAAUAUUCAUGCAUCAGUAGAUUGUGCAGCAGAAAAAUAAUCCAGGGUAUUCACAUGCAGUGUUUUCCCUCUCUGAUGAAAAAUAGCCAGUUAUAUGAAAGUAGGUUUUAGUCACCUAAAUUGCAAAGGACUAAAUUGCUGCAAAUUCUACCUUACAAAGAAACCAUCAGAAGUUUUACAGUAUUCUUACAUUAACAGUUUUAUAAUUUUCCAAGCCUUCUGGAGUAGAGUAAGAAAGUGUUGAUGUACUGAGAUGAUGUAGUGAUAAAUCUCGAGAAUGAUCUGUUUUUACGUAUACUAGGUUCUUACAGAACUCCACCCAGCAGCACAUCUUUUAACAGGUGUAGAAUUCCAUAGAAACGAUGUUUUCUUCAGAAUAUUUUCUUGGUUUUGACGCAUUUUUGUCCUAAAUAUGUGUUGAUGUGCCAAUGUAUGUGAGAGUAAUCCUCAGGCAUUGGAAUGUCAAACUAAUUUCACAUUGACAGAAGUACUUAGUGAUGGCUAAUACAGUUUAUAGUAUUUCAACAGUAGACAAACUUUUCUCAUUUAAACAGUUCUGUUACUAAUAAGUAGCUAAGGCAGAAAAAGCAUUUAUACCCUUUCUAGGCAUUUAUAACUAUCUUAUUUUUUUGGUAUAAGAGUAUCACUAAACUUCAGUUACAGACUGCAGACUCUAGCAGUAAGUCUGCCUGUGUAUAGCAAAUAGGUAUAAUAGCAAUAUUUUCCUGGGCUAAUAAAUACAUAGUUAAAUAAAAGCAUUAUGUGUUCGUUCUUAAGAAAAUCACGUUACUCAGCUACGCUUGCAUAGUAGAAACGUUUACCAACAAGUACUUUGUAGUGGUGGUAUACUGUUAAGAAGUGGUCUGUGGUCUCAGAGACCAUACCUUACUUUGAAAAGAAAUAGUCAUCCUCUGUAAUAGUAAGACUUCUUUUUCAGCAGUAGCUUAACUAGAUCAGGCUAAACUAGAUUCUAACUGAAAGCUAAUGCCAGUGUAAGCUGUAUGAAAAAAGAUUCAUAUGUACUGGAAAUGUUACAUAAUUCACGUCAUUGGUGUAUUCUCAUUAGCUCAUGUGCUGUGUUUCAGACUUCAACAUUGAAAAUGAAUGGCUUAAAUGUAAAGCACUGUUGGGUGUUUUCUUCUGUGCCGAAAAAAAAGUUACAUAAAAGUGACUUGUGUACAAACACUC